AUGGUGGUUCUGAGCAGCGGUCGGGCUAUCAAGGACGUCUUGGAUAAAAACGGCCUCGCAACCAGUGAUCGUUUCCAGCCGUAUACCCUUCUUCAUGCAGAGGGGAUAUACCAAAUAUUUGACCCCGCUAGUUCACAUCGGUGGAAAGCAAUGCGUAAAGCAACACACACGCUCCUAGCACCUGAGGCACUGCGAAGCUAUUGGGGUUCCCAACAAACUGAGUAUUUACGAUUACUCCACGAUGUCCUUGAAUCGCCUGAGGACAUCUUUACCCACAUCAAGCGCACCACCGCAUCCAUAAUGACAACCCUGAUCUACGGCAAAUCCAUUCCCCAUUACGCAGGCAGUAAAGCGGAAUUAUUCUUCGAAGGAACAAAAUGCAUCAAUGAAUUGCUUGCGCCUUUUGACCAUCCACCUCUUGAUUUCUUCCCCAUCUUGAGGCACGUUCCGGAGCGUUGGGCCCCAUGGAAGAUGCUAAGCAAGAAGACAAAGCGAAUCCGUGAUGCAUUUGACCAAGACAUAUUCCUCCAAUGUGAAGAGGCCGUCCAAGCGGGCAAGCGGGCAGGGUGUUUUGUGGAGAAUGUACUAGAAACGAAAGUUGAGCUUGGAGUGAAUCGUGAUGAGGUCAGAGCAAUGGGCCGAGUUCUGCUGGAUGCUGGCACCGAGACUUCUGCCUCGUUUCUUCAUUCAUUCGUUAUGGCGAUGGCAUGCUAUCCGGAAGUUCAGUCUAAGGCACAAGCUGAAAUAGAUCAAGUGCUCCGCAAUGAUCAGCUUCCUUUAUUAGAAGAUUACGACGACCUUCCAUAUCUUCAAGCGCUUAUCAAAGAGGCGAGUAACUUCCAUCGGUCUAGUCACCGCUCCUACAUGGUUUCCAAUUACCGCAGCUCCAUCGAUUCAGACCUAUAA